AUGGCGUAUGCUGGUAACAUCGAAAAAGCAAAAUCGAAGCAGCAAUUUACUGUUGAAAAGGGAUCGACACUUCAAUCAACCAAGAAGACACCGCUCUGUGCACGAUGCAAACAUCACGGCGUUCGCACAACUUUGAAAGGGCACAAAAGAUUUUGUAAGUGGAAAGAUUGCGAGUGUAACAAGUGUAUUUUGAUUAGUCAGAGAAGGAAAAUCAUGGCUGCCCAAGUUGCUCUAAGAAGACAGAUGGAUGAUCGGUCACUGAUAGAGAAUAAUUGUAACGAAGAUGAUAGCCGGAAGAUGGGGAUUCGUGAUAUCGAAAAAGCCUACAACGACAUUAGCGUUGCUUCGACAGCUGAACCUAACUCGAGCGCUUUUUCGUCGCCUAUGAGCUCCCCAGACCCCAGCAGGAUUGCAAGAUGUUCAUGGAUUCUCUCCACACUAUUUCCUCAUGUCUCUCAAAUAUUUCUGCACACUCUGCUGGAGACACGUGACUUUGACCUGUUGGCUACCCUUGAAACAUUGGUCAACAUGGCACAACAGGGAAACUUUGUUCCAUAUCAAGGCAUCUUCCCAUUCUAUCCAGGAAUUGCAGUUUCUCCUGAGAUACAGCCGUGGAAUGAUAAUGCAGCAGCUCAAGUACUUAUGUCACUUUCCAGUCAACUGAGUCUAGAGUCCAGUCAACAUCCAGUCAACAAGAAAAGCUGA